UUCGGAUGAAGCCACUCCUGUAUUCACAUACACUCCCCCAUAAACUCAAACACAUACACCUCAGAAAUCAAAAUGGCUUCCCUCAACAACCUUUCCGUCGCAGGCCGCGUCGUGCUGGUCUCUGGCGCAUCGUCUGGAAUUGGCGAAGCCACGGCUCGCCUUCUUGCCGCUCGAGGCGCCAAGGUCGUCCUCGGUGCUCGCCGCACAGACCGUAUCGACGCCAUUGUGGCAGAAAUCAAGAAGGCCGGCGGCCAGGCCGCUGGACAAAAGCUCGACGUGACCUCACUCGAGGAUUUCGAGGCGUUUGUGCGUUUCGCCGAAUCGACUUUUGGCCCGGUCGACGUGCUGAUCAACAACGCCGGCAUCAUGCCGCUGGCACCGCUGCACGCCCUCAAGGUUUCCGAAUGGACGGCCACCAUUGAUGUCAACAUUCGCGGCGUUCUGCAUGGCAUCGCGGCCGUCAUCACCAAGAUGCGUGAACGCAAGCAAGGGCACAUCAUCAACGUCUCCUCGGUUGCCGCCCACAUUGUCUGGCCGACCGGCGCAGUGUACUGUGCUUCCAAAUUCGCGGUUGCCGCAAUUUCGGAGGGUCUCCGCCUUGAAAACCAGGACGUCCGCGUGACGGUGGUUUCCCCCGGCGUGGUGGAAUCCGAGCUCGCGCACACAACGACGGACGAAAACACCAAAGUUGCUCUCAGCAAGCUCCGGGAAGUCGCCCUGACCCCUGACGCCAUUGCCCGAGCCAUUGCGUACGCCAUCGAGCAGCCCGCUGACGUUGCCGUCAAUGAGAUUAUUGUUCGUCCGACCGCGGCCACGAUUUAACUUGAGGUUUUGGUUGUUGUUGUUACAGUAUUGUUGUCGCAAUCUCUGGUGCAAUUUGCACAUCACCAGUACAUGUACAAAACCACCCCAACCUUGUUGACUUCAAUACAAUACUUGCCUCCA